AAGAGACAGGAUCAGGACCUGAAGCUUCUGCAAAACAAAAAUAAAGAAGAAGAAGAAGAGAAGAAAAAAUCUGGAAACAAAACAACAAAGUUUCAUUUUCUGCUUUUGAGGUAAUUUUUCCUGGAAUCCGAAGGAAACAAAAAGGAGGAGAGAAGAGAAGCUGAGGAUGUUGGAGACUGAAGAGAAGGAAUAAAAACAAAGGGGAAAAAAGGUUUGAAUAAAUGAUCUGAUGAAUGAGUAAAGGUGGAGAUGAAGGAAUAAAAAGAACAAGAGAAAGGAUGAACCAGGAGAAAUAGGACGAGUAGAAGAAGAAGAGAAACACUGAAAGAAUCUGAAAUAAUCUGAACAAGAGGAGAAAUCAGUUUCAUCAUGGAGCUUCCUUUCCUCUCCAUCCUCCUCCUCCUCCUCCUCAGGGCCCGGUUGGGAGGAGGAGGUGUCGUGGCCCCGUUGGGAGGAGGAGGCGUCGUGGCCCCGUUGGGAGGAGGAGGUGUCGUGGCCCCGUUGGGAGGAGGCGUCGUGGCCCCGUUGGGAGGAGGCGUGGUGGCCCCAUUGGGAGGAGGCGUGGUGGCCCCGUUGGGAGGAGGCGUGGUGGCCCCGGGUCGUCUGGAGCUCUGGGUCCGGUCUGGUCUCCAGUCUCUGCAGUGGGACCAGCUGGAGCGUUGUCUGCGGACGUCCUCGCUGUCCGAGGCCGAGUGUCGACGUCAGGCUGAACCGGCUCCAUCGGCCGUGGCCGUGUACCUGGGAGAACCUCCCCCUGCAGCAGGUAAAGUCAUGGCCAUCCUGCCGGACUCCUCAGGUGUGAUGGUGAGGUCGAAGCCACGUGGAGGUUUCAGAGGAGGAGGUGGGGGUCCUGGUUCAGGGGUCCACGACGCCGUGCUGGUUCUGGAUCCAAGUCCUGGAGAGAACUUUGGCCACCCAGUGGUCCUCUUCUACGUGGACGUGAAUGUGACCAAGAGGAGGUGCUCCCACCUGGACGGAAUUUACCUGGGUGAGGAGUGUUUGACUUGGGCUCUGAAGGGUCGAUGUCAGAACCAACUGAAGCGUCGUCAAACCGGGCCAGAGAGGCUCAUGGGUAACGGACGUGUGAGCAGCACCAUUGGAGGCCUCUGCGAGGUCCACUUCCUCCCCCUAGUGGUCGCAGUCGGAGACAGCAACCGCACCCAGAGACUGCGAUGCGUCGACCACGCAGAGUUCGCCCGGUGUCCUCAGCUGUUACCCUUCACGUCUCCAAGUCUUCCCGUCUCCAGCUGUGAGCUGAAUAAAAACACCAGACGCUGCCACCACCAGCCUCUCGCCACUCACAUGUCCUGUCGCCUCUACCAGACCUGCGACCACGCCGUCCUCAUCUCAGGAGGGUGGAGGCAGCAGAUCACGUUUCAACGCCACGUCCAGAAUCUCCAGAGGUUUUAUAAGAUGCUUCGGAACAACGGCUUCCACAAAGAUCACAUCAAGACCUUCUUUGCCACCAGCGGACAACUUCCUGGUGACGUGGAGGGCGUCUACUCGGCCACGGAGAAGGAGGUGAUUCGUAACCACGUUUCAUACAUCUGCAGGAAGCAGCACUGUGCAGACUCGCUGGUUCUGUUCCUCAACUCGCCGACUCGUAGCGACGGCGCCAUGUUACUGUGGGACGCUAACCUGAACGGCAUCGCCGACCUGAAGGAGCGAUACUCCGUCAACGAGCUGCUAGCCGACCUAGCCGGUUGCCGGGCUACACGAGUCCUGGUGUUCGUGGACCAGAGCUACAGCGGCGUCCUGGCCAAGAGGCUACGAGGGUCCCAGAAACACCUUAACGUAGUCCUGGUCCAGAGCCCGUCACGGCAGAACCAGAACCAGAGGUUGAGCCCAGGCCAGGAAGAGGGAGGAUGGGAGGUCAUUGGGCCGGAGACCUGCCUCCUGGACCACCUGAAGGUCGCUGGUUCCCCCCUCUUCCCUCUGAACGUGACUCUGGCGGGGGCGCCCUGCAACGCCACCCCACCACUGACGGUUGGAGAGAUACAGCGAGAGUACCAGGGCUGCCAGAACCUGCCCACGGCUCUCUGGCACCUGAAACGCACCUGAGACCGGACCGAGACCUGAGACCUAAGACCAGAGACCAGACUAAGACCAGAGACCAGACUGA